AUGGCGGCCACACUGUUUAUAAACGGCAAGUUCUUUGCCGCCCAAGACGACGAAAAAAACCACCAAGCCAAGUUCCAUGAGUGCAUGCUCGUUGAAAAUGGCAUCAUUGAAUACGUUGGCAGCGCUGAUGCCAACAUCCAUGCUCUGGCUUCUACAAAGGGGGCUGAGGUGCAAGAUCUCAAGGGCCGUCAUGUUCUUCCCAGUUUCAUAGACGGUCACGUACACGCUCUUCUCCUCGGUCAGUCUCUACAGAGGCUAAACUUGGAAAACUGCACAAGUUUACAGGAGAUUCGAGAUGUCAUCAGCGUCUAUGCAGCCACUCACCCCGAUGCAUCUCGCAUUAUGUGCGGUGGCUGGAUGGAGUUCCAGACUGACGGCAAGGCCGAUGUGUCCAUGUUGGACGACUUGGAUCCGCGACCCAUCUAUAUCAUGUCGAGAGAUCUCCAUGCAUGUUGGUGUAGUAUGGCGGCAAUCAAAGACAUGGGGCUAGAGUCUGCACCCAACCCAGUUGGAGGGACGAUACAUCGCGACAACCAAGGCAGAACAACUGGUCUCCUCAGCGAGACUGCUUGCACGCUUCUGGCAUGGCCGCAUCUGGCACAAAUUGCAACACCGGCAGAGCGAGUUGGGGCAAUCCGGGGCGCAAUUGAGGCUCUUCAUGCCGUUGGCUGCACCGGCUUUGUGGAAAUGGCCAUGGACGAAAUCGGCUGGGAGGCGUUGCAGACUCUCCGCACCGAGAUGGGCGGCCAGCUUCCCCUGCACAUUGCGGCUCACUGGCUGGUCCGCCCAACGGAUUCGACAAAUGGCGAUUCGGAGGAGCUCAAUCGGGCCAUUGAGCUGAGUCGACAGUUCAACUCCGAAACAUCGCCAGACUUGCGCAUCGUGGGCAUCAAGAUCAUGUGCGACGGGGUUGUUGACUCGUGCACCGCAGCUCUAGUCGAGCCGUACUCCACCACCGGCCUAUCGACAGCUCCCAUCUGGACCGGCGAGGCUCUCGGGGCAGUCGUGCGCAAAGCAGAUCGAGCCGGCCUGCAGUGUGCCCUGCAUGCCAUUGGCGAUGCCGCCGCCAAGCUGGCCAUUGAUGCCCUGUCAGAUAACGGCACCCCGGGUCGCCGCCAUCGCAUCGAGCAUCUCGAGCUAACCAGCCCUGGCGACGGAGCUCGUCUUGCUGCCGCCGGCAUUACGGCGUCUAUCCAGCCUGCCCACGCCGAUCCGGUGCUGCUCAAGGCCUGGCCGGAACUCCUGGGCACAAAACGCUGCGGACGAGCGUUUGCGUACGGAGACUUUGCUGCCUCUGGAGCCAACAUUUCCAUUGGAUCGGACUCUCCUACUGCGCCGUGGGAUGUGCUCCGCAACCUCUACACGGCGACGACUCGACGGUCUGUCCGUGACCAGGAUUAUACGGUGGUGGUGAACCCGGAGUUUGCUCUUUCUCUAUGCCAGGCAAUGCAAGGGGCUACCCGUGGAAGCGCAUACGCUUGUUUUGCCGAGGGCUGGACGGGCAGUCUAGCAAAGGGGUUACAGGCAAACUUUGCAGUGACGGAGAUGGAAUGGACGCCAGAAUCGCUGCUCCAUGCUCGAGUCCAGGAAACUUGGUACAAAGGCAAGAAAGUGUAUGAUGCAGCUAAAAGUGUUUAA